GGCUCCAGUGGCGUCAGUUUGGCCGCGUUGUGCCGCCCAGAACCAUUGUCUUGUGUGUGUGCGCUCGCCACAACGAACUCGGCAUUGCCUCAACCCUCUGUCUCUCCCCGUCCCUCCCAUGACAUUCACACGAUGGCAACCGCAACAUCUGCACCACCUGCCGCUCAAACCGCGCCCAUCAAGAGCGUCCAGGACAACAGCGAGGCAAUCCAGAAGAUCCUCUCCGUCCCUCUGGUUGCGGAUUCUCUCAAGUAUGCACACUCCACGAUUGAGGCGCACCCGCUCAUCUCUCAAACCUACCACGCUGGCGAGAACAUCCUCAACUCAUCGCUGAAGGCCGCUGCGCCGAUUACGACUCGCUUCCAGGGCCAGCUCUCGUACGUUGACCACCUCGCGCUCCAGACCCUGCAGUUCGCGGAGUCCAAAUGGGCGUACCCCUUCCACGCCACUUCUGCUGAGCUCUACGACGCAGCAAAGGUGCCGGCCGAACAGGCUCGCUCGAUUCUCAAACCCUACACUGAGGCUCUCGAGAAGGCUUACGGGUCCCAUGUCCGCCCAGUGUACGACAAUGCGUCGAAGCAGUUCGAGGAGCUCAAGAGCCACAACGCCUAUGUCAAGCGUGCGGUCCAUAGCAUCUCUGCGUUGCAGGCUAACCUGCAAAAGACGGUCGACGGUCUGAGCGCCCGCGGCAAGGAGAAUGGCGAGAACGCCAAGAAGGAGGCGCAGAACAUCACGAAUGCUAUCUUCGGCGAGCUCGACCGCGUACGCGGCUUCGCACUGGCCCUGCCCGCAGAGAGCCGAAAGCGCUUCAGCCCAGUCCUCGAGACAUUCUCAGAUGCGUACGAGACACUGAGCAAGGAAGCCAAGAACUCUGAGCUGCCGCCCGCCCAGCGCUUCCAGAACGUGCUCAAGUACGUCCGCGAGCAGAGUCUGCCUGCCUUGCAGAAGGCCAUCGUCCACCCUGACGAGCAGCAGCCAGUAAAGGCCGCCACGGCCACGAUCAACGGCUCCAAGUAAGCGGCUUUCUGCUCAACUCUUCACUCCACUUCACAACCUCGCAUUGCAU